AAAUGAAAUUCAUCGAGAGCGCAAUGGUUGUUGUCACGCUAUAAUAGGGCGUUUCAAGCUACCACGGGACGUCGUAGGCUUCAGUCUACUGGAUUAUGUCGUGUUUUGAUGCACAGUAACCACAAGUAUAUUAUAUACUAAACGUGGUUCAGCGUACCGGUUAUUUAACAUUCACAACACUGCAUAUGCAGUAGGAUAUUACGUUAUACGUGUUGGGAUUCAGAGCGCAGCGGACAACCAUGAAAUAUACGAUAUUUAACCUGUUUCUGAGCGCUUUGGUCUGCCUCGUAACCAGCGAAUCGGACGUAUCAACCCCGGUUGAUAUUACUCAAUGUGAAGACCAGGAGUUUGAGUUGGCUUUAACUGAAGAGAAACAAAAUGGAGAAAUAUUCAUCAACAUCAGCGCUUCUAAUGACCAUACAAUUGAAUGCAAAGCAGAGAUAAAAAUAACAGCGCCCAAUGGACAGGGAAUCAGAUUACAAGCACGGACAGGGGGAAACUUCCUCCAUGUUAGUGGUCAACAAGACUGUGGGACGUCGAUAGAAAUAAAAGACGCAUUCUUCGGAAUAUGUGGCAUUUCCCAUAAUGCAAUUAGUGAUAAUUCUUCUCUGAACAUAUCCUACGACACUUCCAUUAACUCCAUUGGUGUUACCAUGACGAUAAAUGGUACACAGUGGGAGGAUGAUUUUCUAUACAAUAUUACGGUGUUGGCAUAUGGGGAGAUUAUUGCAGCUAAAAAACCAUGGAGUACACUAAGCAUGGUAGACAUAGUGGUGUCCCUCCUAUGUGUAGUUCUUCUAUUUUUGAUGUGCGUGUUUGGAGUGUGGAUGUACAUGAACCCGCCUGUCAUAAAGAAGUACAAACGAAAAUACGAAGCUCUUCAAAGCCGCAAACGAUUGUUUGAACAGGCACAAGCCCAGCAAGCCCUGGUUAAUGCCGAUCAGCAAAUGAUGCCGUCCCCAGACGAAAUAUGCGACGGCGACGAAAAAGUCGCCGAGAGAGUCCACCGCGAUGACGUCAAUGAGAUAGUUGAUGAUACGGUUAAAGAAGAUGCCGUUAAAGUCUAUGUAUAGACUGUAAUGUCUAUGUGCAUGUCUACGUGAAUGUCGCCCUCUACCGACCUUGAAAUCUUCAUAUUCGAUCUCUAUUAUUUUUCAUUAUGAAUGUCCGAACAUGGCUGAGGGCAGCAUACUAAAACUGGAGUACAGGACAAUCAGUGAGACACAGACAGACAAUCUAGGACAUCGUAGUGUAUGCAACUUGAGUGGCACAUUUCGUAUCAUAUUCUAUUUUUUGUUGUAACGGAUUGUCAAUUUCGACGCCAUUGUGAUAUUACGUGUACUCGGACACCGUCCCUCAACACCAGACGGUGACUCAGAUGAAUUGAUCUUGGACACGUUGAGGGUAGGAAUAGGACCCGGAAAAAGGACCCAGUCAUUCGGUAUAUGGUUUGCACUACAUAUACAGUACACAGAACACAUAUACCCGACUGACUGCGUCGGGCAUGCUGCUUAAAGUUCAGCUGGUCUAGAAUCAGUCACAAUGUCAUUGUUUAACGAUAUGAUUUCAACAACAUAUAUGUGUAUUUUAAUGUAUGUUUCAAGAGAAGAAGUACAGGAACCCAAUCCGGCAUUGUUCCAAGAUUGGCCAGACGCAAUUUUGGAAUGGAAGCGGUAAAGUCUGCAAAAAUAAAUGCUCUCACGAAAGAUUAUCACAAGGAUUCUUCUCUGAUCCAAUACAUUGAAAAC